UUUUUGGUAAAAAAUAGCUGUAUAAUAAAAAUAUAUUAAUUUAAUUUGGUUGCUAUAAAACCCCGGUCUCUAGGUGGCGGUAGUGCGCUGACACUUCAACCGCAGACAAGUCGGUCAAAACCAAAGAAGACACACUGGUCUUGUGAAGAAGUGUGGAGAAGUCAUUCCCAGGGUAAACAUGCAGACACCAGCGGAUUCCAUCAUCCACAGCGGCUAUUUCCACCCAACGCUCCGAUACUGGCAGACCUGUGCUGCUGAUAUAAGACCUGACAACCUCAUCUACCCCAUCUUCGUCACAGACAGUGCAGAUGCAGUCGAGCCCAUUGGCAGCCUGCCGGGACAGGCCAGAUAUGGGGUGAACAAGCUGGAGGGAAUGCUGCGGCCUCUCGUGGAGAACGGCUUGAAAUGUGUGCUGAUAUUUGGUGUCCCUGCAAACAUACAAAAGGACGACAGAGGCUCAGGCGCGGACACGGACGACACGCCGGCGGUCUUGGCGGUGAAGAAGAUCCGCUCUUUGUUCCCGGAGCUGCUGGUGGCGUGCGACGUCUGCCUGUGUCCUUACACAUCACACGGACACUGCGGUAUCCUGAACGAUGAUGGCACUCUGAACAAUGACGCCAGCUGUCUGCGUCUGGGAGAAGUGUCGCUGGCCUACGCUCAAGCUGGCUGUCACAUCAUCGCUCCCUCUGAUAUGAUGGAUGGAAGAGUCAGAGCCAUAAAACAAGCCCUGAUAUCCAACGGGCUGGGAAACAAGGUGUCAGUGCUGAGCUACAGUGCAAAGUUUGCCUCUUGUUAUUACGGUCCCUUCAGAGACGCUGCUCAGUCCAAACCUGCCUUUGGAGACAGACGCUGCUACCAGCUGCCUCCUGGAGCCAGAGGACUCGCACUGAGAGCUGUGGAGCGAGACGUGAAAGAAGGAGCUGAUAUGCUGAUGGUGAAGCCGGGUCUGCCUUAUCUGGACAUCGUGAGAGAAGUCAAGGACAAGUUCCCCACUCACCCCCUGGCAGUGUACAACGUGUCGGGGGAGUUUGCUAUGAUGUGGCACGGAGCGCAGGCCGGAGCCUUCGACCUGCGGGCCGCCGUGAUGGAGGCCAUGACUGCCUUCCGCAGGGCAGGUGCUGACAUCAUCAUCACCUAUUACACACCUCAGCUGCUCAGCUGGCUGAAGGAGUGAUGAACGAAGACCUGAGACCAAAUACCAGAUGGGCCUAGAGACCGCACAGACACUCCUUUAUAAAAUAUCAAAUACAUAAAGAGCUAAGCUAAAUCAAAUCAAAGCCUUUUUUUGGUAUAGUUUUGAGAUUCAAAUACCACUAUGCACAUGUUCAUCUGUGCGAGUUUAUCACAUCAAGCUUUUAAAGGCCUGAACAGUGAGAAUGUAAAAGCUGUGUUUCCUAGCAGGACCUGUCUCCUGUGCGUGAGUGUGAUCAGCAUUAAAUCAAGUAAGUCAUCUCUUUACUAAUGUGAUUAUGGAUGUACUUGUGUGACUCGUGGGAACGCGAUAAUCUGUUACUGCUGCCUCAAUUUAAGCACUUUCCUAACGAGGGAAUAAAAUCAUUCAGAGCUACAA